UUGGGAACGCGCUGGGAAACAUUGAUGGUCUGUUCCUGCUCAGCCUGCUCACCAGUUACAGUUGGUUCCGAUCGUGGGAAAAAAAAGGGGAUUGCCUGGGAAGUGGUGUGCGAGCCACGAAGAGAGGAACCACAUCGGUACUGCACGACGCAACGGAGGCAAUUGUUACGCGAUUGAGUGUGAUACAUGAUACUGCAUACUGACGUAUGUUGCCGGGAUAAAUAUCGCAGCGGAACGCAGGAAUUAAGAAACGAGUCGGGCGUUCACCCAGGGACGUGAUAUUCAUUUCGUGAUAACGUUCGACGAGCCGCGUGCCGGCGCACAUUGAUCUACGCGAGCACGGGAAUUGGUUAUUGAAAAAAUGGCGGCCGAGGCAAUGCUAAAUAAGAACCGAAUGAUGGUGUUUAAGAACAAAGGCAAGGAUCAGGAGGAAAUGAGAAGACGACGUAAUGAAGUAACAGUAGAAUUACGUAAAAAUAAGCGAGAAGAAACUUUACAAAAAAGAAGAAAUGUACCUAUUACAGAUUCAACAGAUGAGGAUGACAUUGAUAAACAUCUUUCAAAAAUCAAUUUGGAAGAACUGGUAGCAAAAGCAGGCAGUUCAGAUCCAACAAUACAAUUACAAGCUGUACAAUCAGCAAGGAAAUUAUUAUCGUCAGAUCGUAAUCCACCCAUUGAUCCAUUGAUAGAUAGUGGUAUUUUACCAAUUUUAGUUCGCUGUCUCGAACAGCAUAACAAUCCAUCGUUGCAAUUUGAAGCAGCCUGGGCUUUAACAAAUAUUGCAAGUGGAACAUCGGCCCAAACGCAAGCUGUGGUUGCAGCUGGUGCAGUACCACUCUUCUUGCAUUUGUUGCUUUCAAGUCAACAAAAUGUAUGUGAACAAGCAGUAUGGGCCUUAGGUAACAUUAUUGGAGAUGGUCCAAUACCCAGGGAUUAUGUCAUUAACCUUGGUGUUGUACAGCCAUUGCUAACAUUUAUUAAACCAGAUAUACCUAUUACAUUUCUACGUAACGUAACAUGGGUUAUUGUAAACUUAUGUAGAAAUAAAGACCCACCGCCACCAGUUCAAACCAUAAAGGAUAUUUUACCUGCUCUAAAUGUGCUUAUUCAUCAUAAUGAUGUUAAUAUUCUUGUUGACACUGUAUGGGCCUUGAGUUAUUUAACUGACGGUGGUAACACACAAAUUCAAAUGGUUAUAGACAGUGGUGUUGUACCACGUUUAAUACCACUUCUUUCGCACAAAGAAGUUAAAGUCCAAACUGCUGCUCUCAGAGCAGUUGGUAAUAUUGUAACUGGCACAGAUGAGCAAACACAAACUGUCUUAAAUUGUGAUGCACUUUCACAUUUCCCUAAUCUAUUGACUCAUCCAAAAGAAAAAAUUUGUAAAGAAGCAGUCUGGUUUCUUUCAAAUAUUACUGCCGGUAAUCAAUCUCAAGUUCAAGCAGUUAUAGACGCUGGACUUUUACCCCUCAUUAUUCGUAAUUUAGCAAAGGGUGAAUUCCAGACACAAAAGGAAGCAGCAUGGGCUAUUAGCAACCUUACGAUAAGCGGAAAUAGAGAUCAAGUUGCACGGCUUAUACAAGAGGGAGUUAUUCGUCCAUUUUGCGAUCUUUUGUCUUGUAAAGAUACCCAGGUUGUACAGGUGGUUUUGGAUGGAAUUCAUAAUAUGCUUAAACUUGCUGGACCGCAAGUUGAACAUUUGGCCAAUAUGAUUGAAGAAUGUGAAGGUCUGGAUAAAAUUGAGGCAUUGCAAAACCAUGAAAAUGUAGAUAUUUACAAACUAGCAUAUGAUAUCAUCGAGCAAUACUUUUCAGACGAGACGGAUGAUACACCAUUGACAUCGCACGAAGGAGCUUUUGAAUUUGAUCAAACGACGAGUAUUCCGAGUGAGGGUUUUAAAUUCUGAGAGAGUCUCCACUUUUUAUCCGAUCGUGCCGUCCCCCGACAAACUCCAACAUGGAGCCAUCUUGUUUUCUCUCUCCUAUUUCUACAUCUCCUUCCUAUUCCAAUGAAAGCAUAGCAAUAUGAACUUACUGCUGCAGAAUCAAGAACUAUUACGUUUGUUUAUACAAACAUACAGUGUGAUUUAUCGAUUUUUCCGUAUUCGGAAAGCCAGAAAAAAACAGAAUGAGGGAACUAGUUAUGGAAUGAAGGAAAUUGGCAAUCAUCAAAUUGAGUAUCUGUGGACUUUGAUUUUUUUCUUUCCCUUUUCUUAUCAUGUACGUUAUUUUUUCUUUUAUAAUAUACGAUAAACAUAUUAGCAGAGUCUUUAGCUCAACGCAGCUAGCUACAUAACGCAUAUGAGUAAAUUAUUAUAGAAAUCGGAUAAAAAAAACAGAAUCUAUCAUGCUUGAUCAUGCUGCUCUCCACUCUAACUCAGGACGAGUUUUGGUUAGCGAUAUUACUUUUAUAAAAUAAUUCGUGUAUAUUUUAGGCAUGUUAAAUUUAUAAUAUUGAUUACUAAAUAAAUGAAUCAAUUGACUACUCUUUGCUAGUGUAAUUGAUAAGUGUGGAUAUUUCUGUAAGAAAAGGAGCAGACAACAAUAAAAUUUUAACGGGAAUUCGGCACAA